AUGGAUAAAAUCAAAGCUUCAGGUGUAAUCUCCCACAGGAAGAGACAGAAGGGGUUACAUUCCCCAAAACUUUCCUGCAGUUAUGAAAUAAAAUUUACUAAGUUUGUAAUUUUUAUUAUGCAGAGGAAGAUGGGGAUAACCAGAAGGAUGUUUUUGACAGAGCUGGCAAGAAGAAAAGGUUUCAGAGUAGAAAAUGAGCUAAGUGACUCUGUCACUCAUAUUGUGGCUGAGAACAACUCUUACUUGGAGGUGCUGGAGUGGCUGAAAGGACAGGCUGUGGGUGACAGCUCCAGGUUUGAACUACUGGAUAUCUCCUGGUUUACAGCCUGCAUGGAAGCAGGAAGACCAGUUGAUUCAGAAAUGAAGUAUCGUCUCAGGGAGCAAUGUCAAUCUCCUUUGAAUACUCCUGAAUCAGAAGUGCCAUCAUGUAUUGCAAGGAAAGUAUCUCAGUAUUCAUGCCAGAGGAAGACGACUUUAAAUAACUACAACAAGAAAUUCACGGAUGCCUUUGAGAUAAUGGCUGAAAAUUAUGAGUUCAAAGAAAAUGAAAUAUUCUGCCUGGAAUUUCUGAGAGCAGCUUCUUUGCUGAAAUAUCUUCCAUUUCCAGUAACCAGAAUGAAAGAUAUACAAGGAUUGCCCUGCAUAGGAGACCAAGUCAGAGAUGUCAUUGAGGAGAUUAUUGAAGAAGGAGAGAGUUCUAGAGUUAAAGAAGUGUUAAAUGAUGAGCGAUACAAGGCAUUUAAGCAAUUUACUUCAGUCUUUGGAGUGGGAGUGAAGACAUCUGAGAAAUGGUACAGAAUGGGUUUGCGAACGGUGGAAGAGUUAAAAGCUGACAAGACCCUCAAGCUGUCAAAAAUGCAGAAAGCAGGGUUUCUUUACUAUGAGGACCUUGUUAGCUGUGUAUCUAAGGCAGAAGCAGAUGCAGUAACCUUGAUUGUCAAGAAUACUGUAUCCACCUUUCUACCAGAUGCUUUAGUUACCAUAACGGGUGGUUUCAGGAGGGGUAAGAAGAUGGGACAUGACAUUGAUUUUUUGAUCACCAAUCCAGGACCAAGAGAAGAUGAUGAACUUCUGCAUAAAGUUGUUGACUUAUGGAAAAAGCAGGGCUUACUCCUGUAUUGUGAUAUCAUUGAAUCAACAUUUGUAGAAGAACAACUACCAAGCAGAAAAGUUGAUGCCAUGGAUAAUUUCCAGAAGUGUUUUACAAUUUUAAAAUUAUAUCAACCAGGAAUAGACAACAGCAGUUACAACACGUCAAAAAAAUCGGAUAUGGCAGAAAUCAAAGACUGGAAAGCAAUUCGUGUGGAUCUGGUCAUAACCCCCUUUGAGCAAUAUGCAUAUGCUCUGUUAGGUUGGACAGGCUCCAGGGAAUUUGGACGUGAUUUGCGGAGAUAUGCUAGUCACGAAAGGAAGAUGAUAUUGGAUAACCAUGGGUUAUAUGACAGGAGAAAGCGGAUCUUUCUCAAAGCUGGAAGUGAGGAAGAAAUCUUUGCACAUCUUGGCUUGGAUUAUGUUGAACCAUGGGAAAGGAAUGCUUAAAACGAUUUGCCACAGUACAUUUGUCGAUUGACAGCAAUGGUCUUUCUACCCAUAUCUCAGUGUAAUUUAGAUAUAUAAUACAAUAUGUAUUUCUGUGACAACUAAAAAAUUUAAAUAUAUUAGAAGUCAUUUGCACGUGCUAAUGUUCCUAGACGAGCUCAAGCUUUUCAGAGUCUUUUCCAGUCUUUUCUGUGUUAGUUUUUGAAGUUACAAUGUGGAAGUGAUAAGAUAGAGCUUGUUUUGGGGGGAAAUUUGAAACUGGUGAGAUUUUUGCUUCUAAUAGGCAUUUAACAUUCCUGUGAACAAUACUUGCUUUUUAAAUAGUCAGCUGUGACAAUACCUAAAUAAUUCAAAACAUUUGAGCUGAGUCGAGAAAUUACUGAAAGGUAUGCUUAUCGUUAACUGAAUUUCUUAAGUAUUUUACUGAAUCCAUAUAUAAGAUUGCUACUGUAUAUAAGGCUUAAUGACCUAGGCAGGACCUACUUUGCAGUCUCAGCAACUUGAAGCUUCAGCUGUAAUAUUUUUCUACAUAAGGCUGUAAAGAAGUUGAUAAUUCAGUGACAGUUAAAAAAACAUUACACAGAAAGGGAUUUUGAAAAGAAAAGUACUCAGUACUAAGCUUCAAUUGUGCAGAAAAAUACUAUAAAUUUGGAGUUCUGAUGUGGACUAAAGAUGAUUCAGAUUAUGUGGUGUGAUGGUCCUCAAUCAGGAAUUUGAAUUAUAACCUGCAUGAAAACAACUGUUUCAACUGUCAGACUGGUGACCCUCGAAGAUGAAAGCUUUUCAUUGUCUGUGCUCAAUUUAGAUAGCAGGAAAUUUAUUUAUUAGUAUAUAUAUAUACAUUGGAAUGGAAGUUUACCUGAGCUAUUGGCUACUCUAGAAAAGUGUACUCUCUUUUUAGUCAGAAGUUCACCUGGGAUGUGAAAUAAAAAUAAUCCUAUAAGGUAUUUUGUUUCAGAAAAUGUCCAGGUAGCUUUUGUCACUGUAAUGAUAAUGAAGAAUUUGUAAUACAGUUAUCCUUUAAUGAACAAGGACAUUUACUGCUUUAGGACAUGAAGCUG